AUGCUCCCUAAUCUCUACAUAGGCAAUCGCGAUGUGGAAAAACAAGGUCUGAGAUCCCAGCUGAGACUUGAGACGAGCUAUGAUGCAUUUGCCACGGCUAACUCGUUCAAAAGCUCCAAGGUCAAGCUCCGACUCUCGAAAAAGGCCUAUCGGACUAAGCUUCUGCAAAGUGGUAGCCCCUUCUCCGGAUAUCCAAACGAGGACGCAACCAGACUUUGCACCAAGAAAGACGACAGAUUGCAGUAUUCUCUCUCGCACGACUCCUUGCUCAUAUAUACAGUCCAAUGA